AAUGGUUCGCGAACAGACAGUCUCCCCGGAGGCCCCAAUGCCAAAAGGCUAUGGGUUUCUCAGAAAAGGCAAUCCCUUCAUGACAGGUCUCUGUCGCCGGAAAACUCUAGACGCCAAAAAGACGUUGUAUGUGGUGGUGAAUCAAGGCAAACAAGAAGGGUUACGAGCACCAAAGUGGAUCUUACACCAAGUCUUCUCGGAAGAGAAGGCAACUCGAGAGAGAAGGCGCGGGGCUGUUGAGAGACGAGAUGCAGCAACCGAGGAUGCGUUUGCAGCGACUAUCAAGAGGCUCUUUGCAAAGAUCCCGGGAGAGGAUCUGAAGAAAAUCUUGAGACAUGCCCUCAGAAAGCGAAGCGGCAGGGUCGGUCGCACGGGAAAACUAGACUUGGACAGGAAGGCAUAUCUAGCAGUUCAAGCGCACAUUCGCCAUCGCCAUACGGACUAUGAUAAAAUCACCAACGAGUCAAAAGACCGAGACGCCGCGAGAGACGCUACCCGCGGAAAAGUCUCGAGGGUCUUGGUUGAAUGG